UUGAAGGCGCACAUGUGAUUUCGACAAAGUGACACUUUUGUCCCUAGAACGUAACCUCAAACAACCAAAUUUAAAUGUACUAACGAAAAACGACAAUGUUGGAAGUGCAACAAAACACGGUUGUGUACCCACCGAAUAAAGCGCUAGAGCGAAAAAUCGAGCUUUCGACAACCCCAGUCGUCUACGACCAUCUACUUUUUUUAGAUUUUAACGAAAAAGGGGAGUCCAUUUUGGGCUCGUCGAACCUCAACGGAACCUUAUGGGAGGGAACCGUCCUCUUUUUUAAUAACGAAGAGAACUUGCAGCUGCUUAAAUACAACAGAAGCUUGAUUGGGUCUACGGUAUCCGACGGAAAAUUUAUCAACGACAACACUUUUGCUCUAGCCGAAGACACCGGACUUCUAAACAUCCUGUCACUAUCUCGCGAAAACUCGAAAGUCGAAUCCGCCACUUAUUUCCGAGAAAGCGACCGCAUUCCUAAAAUCGCCGUUUGGAAAAACAGCCCCCAAGUAUUAUCGUGCUCAAGCAAAUCAGUGACCGUGUGGGACCUCAAUAGCACCCUUAGAAAACCUCUGCACCAAUUCCAAGACUACCACACAGAACUGGUAAACUAUGUUGAUACUUUGAGAGCGGACCCCAACAUCUUCGUAUCGGCGUCUCUUGACCGAAAAUGUUGUCUUUGGGACACCAGAAAUCCGAAUCCAGCGUCAGUGUUGUACAAUAACGAGUUCUGCUCUAUUACCAGCGUCGCCUGCAACCAACACAACUCCAACUACGUCGUCGCGGGGACCGAAGGGGGCGACAUUUACCUUCUCGAUAAGCGCGAGCCGAAAGAAUUUAUUUCCGUGGCCAGUUGCAACUGCUACAUUUAUAGAAUAGUGUUCGACGAUUCCAACAAAUUGGCCGUCUGUGGCGACUUGAAUAAGGUUUUAGUUUUUAAAUGCGAAGACGAGAUUCUUAAUAAUGCCUACUGUAAUGAUAAGCAUUGUGGGAUUGUGAGGGGCUUGGCCUGGUAUAACGAAACUUUAUACUCUUGUGGCUUUGACAAACAAGUCGUCAAACAUUUAUUAUAAAAACAUUCGUACAAA